AUGACUUUGUCACCGUCCGUCCACCUCCAAGCACAGCCUGAACUAAUAGCCUCGGCCGCCUUCACAACCUUCACGCGCCGCGCUGGUCGUGGACACAGCACUGUUUCUCGGAGAUGCCGCUCGUUACGGCGGGUCCAGCUGAUUCCUGCACUGCCGCCCGCCCCUAUCACCAGCUCGGCCGCGGUGGCGCUGGCAUCCACCCUACUACUAAAGCUUUGUAUAGGGACAGUACAGCCAACUUGCCAGACUUGCUGGGCGCUGCUGGUGCUGGCGGCGGCGGUGGGCGCGGCGGUGCUGGCGGCCGACCAGCUGGCCGAGUUCUCGCGCAGCCCGACGCGCACCCUGCUCCAGGCGAGGCACCUGCCCGUCGGCAGCCUGCCCUUCCCCGCCGUCACUCUGUGUCCAGCCGUCAAGACCAACAGGACGCUGGCCUCACAGCUGCUCACGAGGUGGUUGGAGGAAAGAGGCCUGGCGGAGGAGGCGAGCACGGCGCGCGUGGAGGCGGCGCUGGCGGCGCUGUCGCUGCAACAGUUCCCCUUCUUCAAGCGGCUGGCGCCGUUCGUGCGCGCCGCCGGCCCACUCGCCUACCACCUGCGCGACCUCAACGUCACAGACUUCAUGCUCAAGGUUCUGCCCAGCUGCAGGUCUUUCUUCCACUUGUGCUCCUGGUUGCGGCAGCGGAUGAACUGCUGCGAGAUGUUCCGGCUCUUGCCCACUGAGAAUGGCUACUGCUACUCAUUCAAUACGGUCCCCGCCAAAAGUUUUGGACAGUGCGACAUCGACGCGUGGCGUCGGGGCGACCCCUCGUGCCGGCUGCUGUCGGCGGCGACUGCCGGGGUGCGGUCGGCGCUGCUGGUGGCGCUGGCGGCGCAGGACCCAGGCGACGCCCUGCCCGACGGCAUGCAGCGCGACGCCGGCGUCGGCGUCAGGGUGACGCACGCGGCGGACGGCGUGCGCGGCGUGUCGUGGCGCCGGCGCGGCUGCCUGCUCUCCGACGAGUGGCCGCAGCCGCGCGAAGAGGCCGCUGGCGGCGGCGACGGUGACGGCGGCCGCCGCGCCUACGACGUGCGCCUCUGCCUCGCGAUCUGCCGCGGCCAGCACAUCCGGCGCCGCUGCGGCUGUAUGCCUUACUUCUACGGUACGACAGCCCUUGUUCAUCUAUUCACGUGGACAUUUUAG